UGCAUAAAUUGAUCACGUCAUGAUCAUGAUUAAUAAAAAUCGACAUUAUUAAGAUAAAUUAAUUAUUCAAUUAAGUGCGUAAAAACUAGAAAGAGUUCGAAUUUAUGAAGAAUUUCUAGUAAACUCCCCCUGUGAUUUUUUUUCUGAAUUGUAUUGUUGACAGGAGGUUUUUGUGAUUAUGUCAGAUGAUGAGUCAAACGUCGCAAGAGAUUAUUUGAUAAUUCUUAAAAAUAAGUAACUAUAACUGUGUAAAAUGGCAACUGACUUUUCAAUAACAUGUCUUUUUAGUGAAACAAUUGAGUAUAUUUUACAAAAUGAUUGCCUUGAGUUUAGUGAUGUUUUGAAUUUUAGUUUAACAUGCAAGUACUUCUACAAAGCUGUUAUGACAAAUAAUGCUUUGUGGAAAAGGAAAUUCUUUCAAAGAUGGCCUCAUCUUUCUGAAAUAUAUGAAAACAAUGAAAAAGAUGGACUACGAAUACACAGCUGGAUAGACACAAUACGAUCAAGGAUCCAAUGCCGGAAAAAAUUGAUCAGUACCUUAUCUCUCAUGUCUCAGAAAAAUUAUAGAAAACAAGAGCUGGCAUAUGCUGAUAUGGAAGAAUUUAGUCUUUUAGUACGUCCUGAAGUACACCCUUUUGCCUAUCAUUUUGUUGUUGAUGAAUUGACAACUCUUGUAAAUAAUUCUAGCACAGAUGUAAAUUUAACUCAUCAAUAUUAUGCACGGAAAGUGCUUAGAUAUUUAAAACAAAAACAUUUAGCAAAAAUAUGGAGUUAUUUUACAUAUCUUCCUCUGGAGAAGCGAAUAUUAGAGAAAGGUGCUAUAUUAAUAUCUCAAUGGAGUCAACCUGAUCAACGUGUAUCUGAAUCUCAAAUUACUGCUACUCUUGAUGAAAUAGCAGAAACAACAAAGCAAGUUAUAAAAGCACGUUAUCCUAAUCAUCCAUUAUUAUUUGCAUCAAGACAAGACCUUGAUGAAUGGAGAACCACAAACAUUCCUGAUAACAAAUGGGAUAAAGAGGGUACAAGACAAGUCAUGAAUGUUUUAUGCGAAGUACUGUUUGAAAAUUUAAAAUUUCAUGGUAAUAGUGAAACGUAUUACUCAUCAGAAAAUUCUCUUAUUGACAAGGUUCUCGAAAAUAGGCGUGGUACUCCAGUCACUUUAGCUAUUGUUUUUGAAAGUGUAGCCAGACGAUUAGGAGUACGAUGUGAACCAGCUUGUUUUCCAGCACAUUUCUUACUACAUUUUAAAGAAAAAUAUUGCUAUCCUGAAACUGAAGAAGUGGAGAGUUUUUAUAUUGAUGUAUUAAAUGGAGGAAAGUUUUUAACAAAAAAGAGUUGCCCUCGUAUGACAGGUGCUUCAAAGUGUCCUAUUGCUAAAUUUAAUGUUGACCAAGCAGCAACAGCCGUAAAGGUUUUACAUCAUAUAGCUAAUAAUUUGGUGAUAGCUGCAAGGAGAAUAACACAGCUAAAUGGACGAACAGCCCGAUUCAGGUCUGCUUUAGAACUGGCCCUUUUGAUUGAUCCUAAUGACAUACAUAAGAUGUACGAUUUGGCUCAAUUUUAUAUGCAACAUCAAAUGAGCAUGAAUGAUAUACUUGAUAUUUUGACUCAAUGCCCUCUAACCACAGAUCAAGUGGAAGCUGUUUUUCAGAUAUUCGAAAAUUAUGAAAAAGUCAACGAGAUGAUUGCACCAAUAAAAUUACGAUGCCCUACUGUAAAAUAUGCCAUUGGAAUGAUAAUGAAACACCGAAUUCAUGGAUAUUUCUGUGUAAUAACAGGAUGGGAUCCUCAAUGUAAUGCAACAUCAGAUUGGAUGUUUGAAAUGAAUGUUCUUGAUGAGCAAGCUGAUAAACCGUUUUAUAAUGUACUAGUUGAAGAUGGAUCAUGUAGAUACGCAGCUCAAGAAAAUCUAAUUAUAAGUCCAAUACAUCUGUGCAUAAAUCACGAUGAAAUAGGGAAAUAUUUUUAUAAAUAUUGUGGUAACUAUUACCUUCCAAAUGAAGAAAAAGAACGAGAGUAUCCAGAAGAUGCUAAUAUUCGAAAUCAACUGUUAACUCAAAAUUCUGAUACAUAAAAUACAACCGGAAAAUUGAUAAUCAGUAUGUAGGUGAAAAGAGGAAUGCAACAGGUAAUGAUAUUGAUCUUAUUAAAUUAAACUCCAGAUAAUUUAUUGAUAAGUUUAUCAUUAAAACGAUCAAAUUACUAAUAAACAAUUUAAGUAUUUUUAAUAUAAUUAAUCAAGGUAUUACAAGCGUUACGAUUUUCAUUAUUACUAUCAUUGUUACUAUUACAAUUGUUAUUAUUAGAUCGCUAGAAGUAAUUCUAAUAAUAGUAUAAAAUCUCUCAAAUUAUUUUUUUAAACAUAUUUAUCAUAAGAUAUUGUUUUUACUUACAAAACUUUUACACAGUACAAAAUAAGAAAUAUUAGA